GAUAAUAAAAGAUUAAAAAUAUAUAUAUAUUUUUCUUUAUUUUCACAUAUAUUAAAUCAAAUAAAUAAAGCUCUUUAGAUGCCACUGCCAUCUAACCAUGAAAUUUCGAAGCAACACAAAUGGUCUUGCUUCCACGUUGAAAUUUGUUGGACCGGUCCACGACUAAUAAAUAUUAUCUAUUAAACUUUUGUAUAUAUCUGAUUCUGAAUUAACUCACUUCUUUGCUUAUAACAACGUAAUUAACCAGUUGAUGACAACUGUGGAAUUCUGACGUGACGAGAUCUGAUCGUAUCGGAACUAUCGUUCGACAAUCAGGCCGAGAGAAUCGCAAUAAAAUUAUGACAGAGCAAGAAAGCGAGGAAUUGGCACCAUCGAAUCUGGGCACUCUCGAAUUCUGGGAGAACGCGUACGCCCAGGAACUCGACAACUUCCGCGAUCACGGCGACGUGGGCGAGAUAUGGUUCGGCACCGCCAACUCGCGCAAGGUCGUACGAUGGAUCACCACGAAAUUAUAUUUAAACAGAGAAAGCGAUAAGAUAAUCGACAUAGGAUGCGGUAAUGCAAUGAUCUUGGUGGAACUCGCAAAACAAGGAUUUGCGAACUUGAUGGGAAUAGAUUAUUCACAGAAAGCGGUAGAUCUCGCCCGGAUGGUGUUGAACGAUAACAAUUUACCAAAUGUGAAAUUAGAAGUCUGUGAUAUUCUCAAUAAUACAUUAUCGGACGACUUUAAAGUCGUUCACGAUAAAGGCACUUAUGAUGCUAUUAGUUUAAAUCCGGAAGAUCCGACAGCGAAGCGACAGAAAUAUGUAGAAAAUAUACACCGCAUUCUUUUGCCAGAAGGAUAUUUAGUAUUGACUUCCUGCAAUUGGACCAAGGAAGAAUUAUUGAAACACUUCACGAGUCAUUUCGAACUCGAAAAUCAACUUUCUACAGAUACAUUUCAGUUUGGUGGGCAGACAGGAAACACUGUAACACAAUUGGUAUUUAGGAAAAAGUGACAAUGAAAAAAUAUUUUAUAUGUGUACUACAUCGCAGUGCAUUACAUCGAAAUAAAUGAGAUAUUUAUGUA